AUGAAGUUGUUGCUCUCAACUGUUAUGAGUGUUGCCAUAACAACGGUGGAUCUGGAUUCACCUUCCGAGACUCUCUCGGCCACACCUGUCGUCAAUAUCAAGUCGAGCGAAACGGUGCUGCCGCUUCCAAGGCGACGACAAGCAGCAACAACACCAGCUUAUUCCGUUGUCAAAUUUGCGUUAAUGACAGCUUUGUUAUUGAACGGGUACUUUUUACUGAAUGGGUAUUUUGGCAGUGGAUUCUUUAUCACUCCAUUCUCGGGCACUGAGACUUCCCAAGUCAUGGAAAGCACAACAAAGGCGAUUACUACUCAGAUCAAGAUCGGAAACCAAAGCCAUCCACAUUUAGAUCCUGAAGUGUAUCGCCGACGCGAUGGAUGUGAUCUGAGUGAAUUUGUACGCCAAUUCAAACCCGAAGAAUUGGAAGUCAAUUGUAACAAUAUGCACGAGGUGAAAAGAGGCAAACUCCUUGGAUCCGGGUGGUGGCGGGAGGUGUACGAAGGGGAUUGGCAUGGACGCAAAGUGGCCUUUUCAGUGGUGAAAGAGGAUCGUCUGGCAGAGAAAAAUCUUCUUCAAGACACCACCCAGACUGCGGCAGUGCUAUUUCAGUUGCGCCAGGCCCCCAACAUUGUACACCUGUUGGGCUGGUGUGAUACAACCAUCGUCUUGGAAAAAGCAGGGAUGACGCUCAAAGAUCAUCUUCGAGGAGGAGACGAAGAGAUAAGUACGCGCCAGGCGUUGGCAAUGGCGCUGGACAUUGCCAAAGGUGUAGCACAAUUACACACGGUACCUGGGGGGCCCUUGACUCAUAAUGAUAUCAAAUCAGAUCAAUUUCUGAUUAAUGAAGAUGGCAAGGUGGUACUGAAUGAUUUGAAUCAAGCGCAGUACACUGGAAUAUCCCCGAUAACGAAUAAGAAAUGCAAAUUCCGGCCGUAUCUAAGGACCAGCGUCUUGCGCUCGCCAGAAGAAAAGCGAAAACGACCUUUGGGUGAAAGCAUCGAUGUUUAUGCAACCGCCUUUGUCUUGUGGGAAUUACGGGCGCGGGGUAAACCGUUUCGGGGCCGUAAAAAGACGCGCAAACGGGAGAACAAGAUCAUCAAGGGGCUUCGACCGGGGGUCAAUUUCAUGAAAGAUUACCCUCCUGCGAUGAAACAGUUAAUUUUGCAGGCAUGGGAUGGUGAUCGCGCCAAACGUCCAACAGCUUCCGAAAUGGUGGAACGCAUUGAAAUCAUUAUACGAGACUACGACGACGCUGCUACUAGCAAAAAUGAAACACAAUUUUGA